UGUCUGGCCCGCUGUGCAAGGGUGAAAGUAUUGGACUAACUUUUAGUUAUCUUUAACGACUGGAAUUUGACUCAACCUAUCCUCAAAAUGAUGCAUUUCCUGCUGCUCUUCAGUCGCCAAGGCAAGCUCCGCCUCCAGAAGUGGUUCACGCCCAUCCCUGAGCGAGAGAAGAAGAAGAUCGUCAGGGACAUGACCACCAUGGUGUUGGGGCGGAAACCACGCUCCUGCAACUUCCUGCACUGGAAAGACCUGAAGAUCGUCUACAAGAAGUAUGCCAGUCUGUAUUUCUGCUGUGGUCUGGAUGCUGAGGAGAAUGAGCUGCUAGCCCUGGAGGUGCUGCAUCGCUAUGUGGAGCUGCUGGACAAGUACUUUGGCAAUGUAUGUGAGCUGGACAUAAUAUUUAACUUUGAAAAGGCUUACUUCAUCCUGGAUGAGUUUCUGUUGGGGGGAGAGGUACAGGAGACGUCCAAACAAGUCGUAUCCCGCUCCAUCGAGGCCUCAGACAUGCUACAGGAGGCUGAGAUUGACAACAGUGAUUAUGAUCUGGAGCUUGGAUGGCCUUGAAUUUGGACAAAGACCAUGGAGGAAUACAUGAGCAAGCCUGCGUUCUAAUACUGGAACCAGGGAUCUACACACACAAGAAGGAAUGUGGAAUACAGGACCAUUCCAGAACUGGAAGUCUUCCUACUGUACAGAAUCCAUGGAAUUGCGAGUUCUAGAAUUCUAUUUCUAUGACGGAAUUUGUCUGCUGAGGUGGGCAGGAUGUUUUAUCCUGGAUUGUUGUGUUCUAAAUACGGCUUUAUUUUUCCUCGUAAGGUAAGGACGAGACUUUAGCUGUUAUUAUUGAUAUGAUCACCCAUCCCCUUGGAUCCUUGGAGUAGUUACUGAAAACUAGGGUUAUAACAAUCCUAAUAUAUCACCACGAAGUGCUUUUGAAUCAAUUCUUGAUUUCUUCAAUGACAUGUUGUGCAUGUAAGAUUAUAUGGAAAUUGAAGAAGUGCCCCUUUAGAAUAUGUAUUUGAUGUUGCGUUUUAAAUGCAUCUUGUAGACUAGCCUUGUUUUGUAUAAUCUUGGUUGGGACUAGCCUUUUUGGAAAGGGAAUUAUUUAUCUGGGUGAAUGUUACGGUUUGUUUUUUAUAAAACUAAUGAUUGAUUUUGAAUGUUGACGACGUUGGAAUUAAAGUGCAUUUUGAUACUUGAA